AUGAAAAAUCAAAGAUUCAGCCGGCCUCAAAACCGGAAAGUUUCGCCAAUAGGCGGCGACGCCUCUGCUGCUACGAAGGAGAAACAGGGUUCUAUACAAAUUCCAAAGAAGAAACUCUAUCCUUAUUUACAAGAAUUAUACAAAAAGAAAAGUUCCAGGAGAGAAAACGCGCUAAAGACAUUGGUAGAGGAAUUCGAGACCAAUGUUCGUUAUGAAUUUGCCCAGAAUAAUUUUGUCACUUUAGUACAUCGAUGCCAAAAUUGCAUGAAACUUGGUUCUGCACUGGAGAUUGAUCUAGCUUUACAACUUAUAGGAUUAGUUGUACUGACUCUAGUCGGUCAAAGUGUUAGAGUGUUUGUCAAUACUCUUGUUGCUGCUAGAGAUUUUGUAGACACAGAAAGAUCAAUGGAAAUUAUAUGGCAAUUCAUGAAUCAAGAAACCAAACAUUCAACGUACGUGACUGCUGCAGCAAUAUCAGCUUGGGCUCUGCUCCUUUCGGAUAUAAAUACAUGGAGAAUUGGUCACAAAAAGUGGAAAGAAUUGAUCCCUUAUCUUCUAAAACAACUAGAGGAAGGUGAUGAAGAUGUUACUGCUGCUAGUAUCAACGCGCUUGCUUUAAUAUUUGAAAAAGGUAAUCUUGAGAAAUUCUCAAAUCAAACACAAGAAUAUUCAAGCACAAAGGACAUGAAAGAUGACAUGAUGAAGCAUGUAAAGAGAGCAAAACAAGAUGCUUCGAAAAUUCUGGAGGAUGAUUACAAUAAGACAGCUACUAUUACUUUAUGUGGUAGAAGACUUACCUUUAGUACCUGGACACAAUUGAAGCAGAUGAAUUACAUAAGAAGAUUUUUGGGCUACGGUUUUACAAAUCACAUGAUGGAAAACAAGUAUCUUCAUGAACUCUUUCACUUUGUACCUGCAGCAAUGAGAUAUAGUGGCUUAGAACUAUAUAAAUCUGAAUAUGAAAGAAAGAGAAUUUAUAUGUCUCCUAAUUCUCUGCUGAACAAGGGAAAGACUCAGUUGAUGAACAAGUACAGGAGUAUUGCAAAAGAGGCCAAGGCUGGACAUUACAAUGCUGAGGGAGAGCUCGACUGA